GUUGCCCUCCCAUUUCCUCCUCCGAGUCUCCUUCAGCGAAAAGAAACUCCUUUUGUGAGCCCAUUCAUUUUGACCGGUCUUCCUUCAUUUCUCCGACGCCCGGCCCGACACUGCAUACAAGUCGGUCCCUUAGCGAAAAAUCACGAAUAUCAUAAAUUAAUAUCCCGGGCGGGUUCGAGGAGUACCUAUAACUGUACGAAAUACCAACUACCUAAUUCUCUUGGGGUUGCAUACCAUCUUUUGGCAACACACUCCCAUCUCCCUGGACGACCCUUUCUCCCAAUCACCAGCGGGGGAUGCGAGCAGCGUUCGAACCGUAGAUUAUGAUUUUUAGCAGGGCCUUCGCGGCCGUUGUUACAGCUGCUGGCUUGCUCGUACAAGAUGCGAUAGCACACUCGGUGAAGCGGAACCCGUUGUCAUCCGUAGCUCGGAUCGAAGACGCUGUAAUACGAACGCCAUCACACCGAGUACAUGCGCACACCUCUUUCGAUGUAUCCUUCGUCAUCUCCACCACCCAACAAAAGGUCCGCCUGACGCUAGAGCCGAACCACGAUCUGAUCGGCGGGGACGCAACGAUCCACUUCCUCGCCGCCGAUGGCUCUAUACGCCAAUCCAGACCCAUCGAGAGGCGGGACCACAGGCUGUUCAGGGGCGAGAGCUUUGUCCGGCGAGACGGGGAGUCGGAAUGGAAGCAUGUGGGCUGGAGCCGGAUCAAGGUGCGCCGCGAUGGCGACGAGCCCAUCUUCGACGGCGUCUUCACCAUUAAUGGGAACCACCACCACAUCCAAACCAACGCUGCCUACCAUCAGACUUCGGUCAGCGGGGAUCCGGAGCUUGACGAUGCCGAGGACGAGUACAUGGUUGUCUGGAGAGAUAGCGACGUCCAAUCUUCGGGGCACGACGAACUGAAGCGUGAUUUGGACGGUGCGGUGUCCUGUGGCUCGGACAGUCUUCUACACAACAGAGAUGAGAACAACAUCGUCUAUCGAAGCAUGGGAGAGGCGAGCCCGGACACAUCGGCCUGGCAGAUCAGCCCGAGGGCGCUGUUUGGACGCCAAACCGACACGUCUGGUGGUAACGGCGCCGGAGUAAAUUUGCUAAACUCGAUCGGCUCGACCGAAGGCUGCCCGACCACCAGGAAGGUUGCUUUGAUCGGCAUUGCCACCGACUGCUCCUACAGCGAAGCCCUCGGAUCCGAAGAGGCUGUGACGGAUAAUGUCCUCCAGCUAGUGAACGCGGCAUCGCAACUCUACGAGUCCACUUUCAACAUCUCGUUGGCCCUCCAGAACCUUACCAUCAGCGAUGCCGCGUGUCCGAGCACGCCCCCGCCGUCAGCGCCCUGGAACAGGCCCUGUGAUGACGGUACGAACGUCGACGCCCGUCUCAGCCUGUUCUCACAAUGGCGAGGGCAGUGGCAAGAUACCAACGCCUUCUGGACCCUCUUGUCCACCUGCGGUUCUGGCCCCACGGUCGGCCUCGCAUGGCUCGGCGCCGUUUGCCAGCAGGGUUCAUCGACACGGGACAACGAGACGAGUGCGUCCGCCAACGUCGUCGUCCGGACCUCGACCGAGUGGCUGGUGUUUGCUCACGAAACGGGUCACACUUUUGGCGCGGUGCACGACUGCACCCCAACGACAUGCGGUGACGGGAGCCUCGAGAGGCAGGAGUGCUGCCCGCUGAGCACGGGCAGCUGCGAUGCCGACGGGGACUUUAUCAUGAACCCCUCGACAGGCAACGGCAUCACCCGGUUCUCGCCCUGCAGCAUCGGCAACAUCUGUAGCUUCCUCGGCCGCAGCCCUAACCGAUUCAACUGCCUCUCCAGCAACAGAGGCGUUACGACCUUCACGGGCGCCCAGUGUGGCAACGGCAUCGUCGAGCACGGCGAGGACUGCGACUGCGGCGGCGACGAGAGCUGCGCCAACAACCCCUGCUGCGACCCCACGACGUGCAAGUACACGGCGGGCAGCGUGUGCGACCCGGCCAACGAAGAAUGCUGCACGUCGCAGUGCGGCUUCAUGAACAACGGCACCGUCUGCCGCGCCAGCUCGGGCUCCUGCGACCCGCAAGAAACCUGCUCCGGCGCGUCCGCCGGCUGCCCCGUCGACGUCAACGCGCCCGACGGCCAGUCGUGCGGCGACAACGGCCUCGAGUGCGCGUCGGGCCGCUGCACGUCGCGCGACCAGCAGUGCGCGACCUUCAUGGGCGCCGACACGACCACAUCCUGCUCAUCAUCGGGCUGCGACCUGUCGUGCCACUCGUCCAAGCUCGGCCCCAACCAGUGCUACGUCCUCAACCAGUACUUCCUCGACGGCACCUCCUGCGAGGGCGGCGGCCGCUGCGACAACGGCAACUGCGUCGGCUCCUCGCUCGGCCAGCAGAUCCUCGACUGGAUCAACAACAACAAGCAGAUCUCCAUCCCCGUCUUCUGCGUCGGCGGCGGCCUGAUCCUCCUCGUCCUCAUCAGCUGCUGCUGGAGCUGCUUCGCCCGCCGCUCCCGCUCCCGCAAGGCCGCCGCCGCCCCGCCCCGCGCCGGCUGGGGCGGCAACCCCUACCUCGGCGCCCGCAGUGUUCCCCCCGGAGGCGGAGCCGGAGGCGGCAGUGGCGGUCGCAGCGGCGGCGGCUCCCCACCUAUGCGGCCCGGCCCUGCCUACGCACCCGUCCCCCCGCCGCCCCAGGGCAUGGGCUCCGGGCCGGAUGCCUACUAUCCGCAGCAGCAGCAGCAGGGGCAGCAGGAUAUGCGGUGGGAGCCGAUGCGCACGCGCAGUUUCCGGUAUGCGUGAUCGGGUGGUGCGGUAGUGAGGCGGGGGGAUGAUGAUACCCGGUGUGGUCUGGGUUUGGUUUUGGCUCUUGCGGAUCGGGUGGCGGGCUUGGCUUGCUUUCCUUUGGAUAUAGAUGUGUCUCGGCUUUUGGGCAUGGGAUGGAGAGACUUGCAUAGCCGGCGUUUUUUUUUUGGAGGAAGCUUUUGGUUUUCUUACCUAGCCAGUACCAUUACUGCUUUAUUGAUAUGUUGGGUUCCAUGUUUUUAUAGCCCCUUUCAGCGUUGUAUGUGCCCGUGUUGCUGCGGGGAUAUAUGUUGAAUGAUGAUGAUGAAUAUACUUCUGGUUCAAGUAUAAUAGUGCAAAGAUUCGAGCUUCUAAUUAC